UGGUAUCACCUAAAACCGGAGCGUUGUGCAUCUCCCCACUCAUCUCUGGCCUAAAAUCGUAGGGUUGUGCAUCUCCCUACUCAUCACUGGUUGUAUCGACUCGAUUUGAGUAAAUCGAAAACUCCUAAUGUAUUUUAUGCCUUGGCAUUAACAGUGUAAAUCAGUGUAAAUAAAAAAGAUGACUGGUAAACGCUUUAGAGCCUGAGCGGCGGUGAGGACUGCUCAGGAUUGCUCCGUAGUUUGUUUGGAUAGCCUCAAGAUGACUAGCACCCUAGUACAACAAUUCGUGCAGCGACUCAAGUCGCGGCAUGAAGAAGUCAGGAACAAGGCAGCGCGAGAUUUGUGUCUCUACGUUAAAACAGAAUUACGCGAAGCUUCACAAGAGGAGCUGACAGCUUUUAUGGACGAAUUUAAUCACCAUAUAUUUGAAAUGGUCUCAGGAUCGGACAUGAAUGAAAAGAAGGGUGGGAUUUUGGCGAUUGUCUGUCUCAUUGGAGCAGACGUAGGGAACAUAAAUACUAGGACAAUUCGAUUUGCAAAUUACCUGCGGAACUUACUGCCGUCGAGCGAUGUCGGUGUUAUGGAAUUGGCAGCAAAGACAGUUGGCAAAUUGGCCUUGGUCUCAGGAACAUUCACGGCUGAAUAUGUAGAGUUUGAAGUAAAGCGAGCUUUCGAAUGGCUGGGUGGUGAUAGACACGAAGGAAAACGUCAUGCUGCAGUACUUGUGUUAAGAGAACUAGCUGUUUCUAUGCCUACUUAUUUUUUCCAGCAAGUUACACCAUUCUUUGAUUUAAUAUUUAAUGCUAUUCGAGAUCCAAAACCUGUAAUUCGUGAAGGUGCUGUAGAAGCUCUUCGAGCAGCAUUAGUGGUAACUGCUCAACGUGAGACAGCUAAGCAAAUGCACAAGUCGCAGUGGUAUAAACAGUGCUAUGACGAAACUGUGGCUGGAUUUGAAGAUGUUUAUACUAGAGAACGAGGAUACAAUAGGGAUGACAGAAUACAUGGAUCCUUACUGGUGCUUAAUGAGUUACUGCGCUGUAGCAAUAUUCAGUGGGAGAGAAAUUACGAAGCUUUAAUGGAAAGACUAAAUUGUCCUACGCAACAAAAUGACAAUGUCAUCAUGUCCCUGAUGCCACGACUUAAGACCUCCAUAGUCCCCAAGUGGUCUGGCUCUCCCCAAAACAGUUCAGGAACACAGCAUACUGUUUAUCCUGUUCACGAAUCAGCAGCUUGUAGAUGCCUCAUGCAAGAAAGACUAGAUGCUGUGUACAACGACGUUAUGAACCAGAGGAUAUCACGAAAUCCUCAUAUUCAACAUGCUCUUAUGGCCUUACUGCCAAGACUUGCAGCUUUCAAUAAAGAAAAGUUUAUUAGGGAUCAUCUAAGGGAAUCAUUAUCCCAUUUGCUUACUACACUCCGUGGCCGUGAGAAAGAUCGCCAUGCAGCGUUCACUACAAUCGGCCUGAUAGCAGUUGCGGUCGAGGACGCAAUUAAACCGUAUCUUCCCAAAAUAAUGGAAGUAAUCAAGAGUUCCUUACCAUCGAAAGAAACUCCGAGCAAGAAACGCGCAGCUUCGUUGGAACCAGCAGUUUUUAUCUGUAUCACUCUUUUAGGUCACGCAGUCAAGCAAACAAUAGCAUCCGAUGUGAGGGAUUUAUUGGAGUCAAUGCUUGCUACUGGUCUUAGUCCCAUUUUGACAACAUCUCUACGAGAAUUGGCUCAUAGUGUGCCUUGUCUCAAACUAGACAUUUCCCAAGGACUCCUGAGAAUGUUAUCCCAGGUACUCAUGCACAAACCACUUCGACAUCCUGGAGCACCAUGGACGGCAUCAAGCCCGAUAGUUGCACCACCCACCGAAGUAGAUGUACCAAGUACGGUUCUUGCUCUCAAGACUUUGGGAACAUUCAACUUCGACGGGAAUCCACUGUUGCAAUUUGUUCGCCGUUGCGCUGAGCACUUCCUUACUUCAGAGCAGGCUGAAGUACGUUUGGAAGCUGUUAGGACCUGCUCCAGACUUCUGCGGCUGGCUCUAAAUCAACCAGGACCAACAGUGACUAACACGGUGUCAGCCGUCCUGGGAAAACUACUCGUAGUAGGGAUCACAGAUACGGAUUCAGACGUACGAUUGUGGGUUCUUGCAUCUUUGGACGAAAGUUUUGAUAUACACUUGGCACAAGCUGAGAGUCUCUCCGCACUUUUUGUAGCUAUGAACGACGAGAUAUUUGAAAUCAGAGAAUUGGCAAUCUGCACCAUAGGACGACUUAGUACGAUGAAUCCAGCAUACGUGAUGCCUUCCUUGAGGAAGACGCUCAUCCAAUUCCUGACUGAGUUGGAACACUCAGGAAUGGGUCGCAAUAAGGAACAAGCUGCGCGAAUGUUGGAUCAUCUGGUAGUGAGUGCUCCAAGAUUGAUCAGGCCCUACAUGGAACCGAUCCUAAAGGUUUUGGUACCAAAGUUGAAAGAACCUGAGCCGAAUCCAGGAGUAAUUCUAGCUAUACUAAGAGCCAUAGGUGAUCUUGCAGAAGUGAAUGGGUCUGAAAUGCAGCAAUGGAUGCCAGAAUUACUAUCAAUAUUAUUAGAAAUGUUGGUGGACGCAAGUUCCCCAGAGAAACGUGGUGUUGCUCUUUGGGUCCUUGGACAGCUCGUCGGUAGUACUGGACACGUCGUGAAACCCUACACACAGUAUCCAACGCUUUUGGACGUCCUAAUAAAUUUUCUGAAGACAGAGCAGCAGCCGAUAAUACGUAGAGAGACCAUUAGAGUAUUGGGUCUGUUGGGGGCAUUGGAUCCUUACAAGCACAAGAUGAAUCUAGGUCAAAUUGAUUCCCAAUUGGAUACCCUGACUUCGAUGGCGGAUAUCAAGAGUGACUCUGAGACAAGCCAAGAACUGACAACAAGCGAGAUGCUGGUCAAUAUGUCAUCUUCAACUUUAGAAGAAUAUUAUCCAGCCAUUGCCAUUGCCACUCUUAUGAGGAUCAUCCGCGACCCAACGCUUUCCCUGCAUCAUACUAUGGUUGUACAGGCUGUUACUUUUAUCUUCAAGAGUCUUGGUAUCAAAUGUGUACCUUAUAUAUCACAAGUAAUGCCUAGCUUUCUGAACGUCGUACGCACAGCUGAUGUCAACUUUCGCGAGUACUUAUUUCAACAGUUGGCUGUACUCAUUGCCAUUGUCAAGCAACACAUCAGAAAUUACUUGGACGAUAUCUUCAUUCUAAUUAAAGAAUUUUGGACUGUCAAUAGUCCACUGCAGAGUACACUUAUACUUUUGGUGGAGCACAUCGCAGUAGCACUAGGAGCAGAAUUCAAGAUUUAUCUGCCGCAGCUGAUGCCUCAGAUUCUCAGGGUACUCACUCAUGAUACCAGCAAGGAUCGUACCGUCACUGUUAAGCUUCUUCUUGCGCUGCAGAAGUUUGGUAACAAUUUAGAUAAUUAUCUGCACUUGGUGCUGCCGCCGAUAGUUAAACUUUUCCAUGCGACUGAUUGCCCUCUAAACGUUAACAGGAUUGCUUUGGAAACUGUAGAUCAUCUGGCUGACACUCUCGACUUUACUGAUUUCGCAUCACGUAUCAUUCAUCCUCUAGUGAAAACCCUAGAUCAAUGCCCUGAAUUGAGAAGCACAGCCAUGGACACAUUAUGUGCUCUAUUGAUUCAACUUGGAAAAAAAUACCAAAUAUUUAUACCACUGGUACAAAAGGUCAUGACCAAGCACAAAAUCGUCAAUCCACGUUACGACGUCCUUACCGAUAAGAUCCUCACUGAGUCCACUGUCGCCGACGGGGAGGAUUGCCUUCUAUCCAGGCAUCGUCACUCAAGGAAUAAGAAUCGUGAUCUGUCUUUAACCUCAAGUGACACCACUACCAUAAAGCGACUUCACGUGUCUGCUACAAAUCUUCAGAAAGCAUGGACUGCCACCAGAAGGGUAUCUAAAGAUGACUGGCUCGAAUGGCUACGCAGCUUAUCCAUUGGUCUCCUCAAGGAAUCUCCUUCUCCAGCUCUGAGGUCCUGUUGGGCUCUGGCUCAGACUUAUUCUCAACUACCGCGUGAUCUUUUCAACGCGGCCUUUGUUUCCUGUUGGACAGAAUUAAAUGAUACUUAUCGAGCGGAGCUCAUCCAGACUCUACAGCAGGCACUGAUGGUACCAGAUCUACCAGAAAUCACUCAGACCAUUCUCAACCUGGCAGAGUUUAUGGAGCAUUGCGAUAAAGGACCCUUACCAUUGGACAACAAUAUUCUAGGUGAGAGAGCAAUGCACUGUCGUGCCUAUGCGAAAGCACUUCAUUAUAAGGAAGACGAGUUUCACAAGGCACGCAACAGCAACGUCUUCGAGUCCUUGAUUUCCAUCAAUAAUAAACUGCAGCAGAAGGAAGCUGCCGAGGGUCUUCUGGAGUACGUGAUGAAUCAGCACAAUCAACAAGAGUUGAAGGUGCAGGUGCGAUGGUACGAGAAGCUGCACAACUGGGACAAAGCAUUGCAUCUCUACCAGGAAAGACUCGAGAGUGAUCCUGGUGACGUGGAGUCUACUCUGGGCGAGAUGCGAUGUCUGGAGGCUCUGGGUGAAUGGGGACAACUUCACGACGUAGCCACGAAGCAAUGGUCGAUUCAGCCUGAUGAGAAUAAGCAGCGAAUGGCAAGAAUGGCUGCUGCAGCUGCAUGGGGCCUGGGACAAUGGGAGAGUAUGGAGAAGUAUGUUAAUCUGAUUCCAAAAGAUACUCAGGACGGUGCCUUCUAUAGAGCUGUCUUGGCCAUUCACGAUGAUCAGUACAACGUGGCGCACCAGCUGAUCGACAGCGCCCGUGAUCUUCUGGAUACGGAACUUACUGCGAUGGCUGGAGAGAGUUAUCAACGAGCUUACAACGCAAUGGUGGAAGUGCAAAAGCUGGCUGAGCUCGAAGAGGUUAUCCAAUUUAAACUUGUACCUGAGCGUCGUUCCACCAUCAAAUCCAUGUGGUGGGAACGUCUUCAAGGCGGACAGCGAAUCGUUGAGGAUUGGCAGAAAAUCAUCCAAGUUCACACACUUGUCGUAUCGCCUCAAGACGACAUGUAUACCUGGUUGAAGUACGCCAGUCUCUGCCGGAAGUCCGGCAGCCUGAUGCUCUGUCACAAGACUCUAGUCAUGCUUUUGGGAACGGAUCCCUCCCUGACACCGGAUCAGCCUCUACCAACGAUACAUCCUCAGGUGACGUUUGCAUAUUGCAAGCACAUGUGGAUGGCUAACAAACGUGAAGAAGCUUACAGUCAGCUACAGCGAUUCGUGCAGACUUCAUUACAGCCGGUUACUGUGAGCUCUGUCACCGGCCAGGAAGAUGAGAAACAACACGAAGUCAGGAAACGUCUAUUAGCUAGGUGCUAUCUAAAGCUUGGUGAAUGGCUGGAGACUCUUCAAGGUAUCAACGAACACUCUAUACCUGCAGUUUUAUCCUACUACGCUGCAGCCACCGAACACGAUCCGACCUGGUACAAAGCUUGGCAUGCAUUUGCUUACACGAAUUUUGAGACGGUUCUGUUUUACAAACAUCAACAGGGAGAAUCUGCUGCAGCUGCUGGGGCAGCUUCUGGAACUGCUUCUGAGAAUGUUCUUGGUAAUGGGCCAAGAUCUGGUCAGCUUCCAAGUUCACAAUACAUCUCACAGUUUACUGUACCUGCCGUUGAAGGAUUCUUCAGAUCCAUCAACCUCUCGCACGGAAGUUCUCUUCAGGAUACACUAAGGUUGCUCACCCUCUGGUUCGAUUACGGUCAAUGGCCAGAAGUUUACGAUGCUAUUGUCGAGGGCAAGAGACUGAUAGAGAUUAACACGUGGUUGCAAGUUAUACCACAGUUGAUAGCCCGCAUCGAUACUCCUCGAGUUCUUGUUGGAAGGCUCAUUCAUUACCUGCUGAUCGACAUUGGAAAAACGCAUCCUCAAGCACUAGUGUAUCCUUUGACAGUUGCUUCCAAGAGUGCCAGUCAGGCUCGUAAAACUGCUGCCAAUAAGAUACUGAAGAAUAUGUGUGAGCACAGCCCGACCCUGGUGCAGCAAGCCAUGAUGGCCAGUGAUGAACUCAUUAGAGUGGCUAUUCUCUGGCAUGAAUUGUGGCACGAAGGACUGGAAGAAGCUAGUAGACUUUACUUCGGUGAAAGAAAUGUCAAGGGUAUGUUCGAUACCUUGGAGCCGCUUCAUGCCAUGCUGGAGAGAGGCCCACAGACGCUUAAAGAGACUUCCUUCAACCAGGCCUACGGUAGGGAUUUAAUGGAGGCACAGGAUUGGUGUCACAGGUACAAAGUUUCCGGAAAUGUUCGUGAUCUGAAUCAAGCGUGGGAUCUCUAUUACCACGUAUUCCGGCGAAUAUCACGUCAACUACCUCAAUUAACAAGUCUGGAACUUCAAUACGUAAGUCCAAAAUUGUUGCUCUGUCGGGAUCUUGAAUUGGCCGUUCCAGGAAGUUAUAGUCCAGGUCAUCCAGUGGUGAGGAUAGCCAGCAUUCAUAGCUCCAUGCAAGUUAUCACGAGUAAGCAGAGGCCACGCAAGCUUUGCAUUAAAGGUAGCAACGGCAAAGACUACAUGUUCCUGCUUAAGGGCCACGAGGAUCUUCGUCAGGACGAGAGGGUGAUGCAAUUAUUUGGCUUGGUGAAUACACUUCUUCUACAUGAUCCCGAUACAUUCCGAAGGAACCUAACGAUUCAAAGGUAUGCAGUGAUCCCUCUGUCGACGAACAGCGGUCUCAUUGGCUGGGUACCCCACUGUGAUACCCUGCAUACCCUCAUCCGGGAUUAUCGUGAUAAGAAGAAGAUUUUACUAAACAUUGAACACAGAAUCAUGCUACGCAUGGCACCGGACUAUGAUCAUCUGAUGCUCAUGCAAAAAGUUGAAGUCUUUGAACAUGCUUUGGAACAUACCCACGGUGAUGAUCUUUCACGUCUUCUAUGGCUGAAGUCACCCUCCAGUGAAGUCUGGUUCGAUCGCAGGACAAAUUAUACCCGCAGUUUAGCUGUCAUGUCUAUGGUCGGUUAUAUACUUGGCCUAGGUGAUCGUCAUCCAUCGAAUCUCAUGCUGGAUCGACUUAGCGGAAAGAUUCUGCACAUCGACUUUGGCGACUGCUUCGAGGUCGCAAUGACUCGAGAAAAGUUCCCUGAGAAGAUACCCUUCAGACUUACCAGGAUGCUGAUCAACGCUAUGGAAGUUACCGGAAUUGAAGGAACGUACCGUAGGACCUGCGAAUCAGUCAUGUCCGUAUUGCAUCGGAAUAAGGACAGUUUAAUGGCCGUCUUAGAAGCCUUUGUUUAUGAUCCUCUGCUCAAUUGGAGGCUUAUGGACAAUGCUACUCCCAAAGGGAAACGUUCGGAUGCUCAAGGGAUGAGUGCUAGCAGUAGCCAGGAACAUGGGGACAUGUUAGAGUCUCUGAGUGCGACUCUACCGAAGAAAGGUAUACCUUGCAGCAUCGAGAAUGGAGGUGAUAAUAAUCAACCUGAAGCUCUUAACAAGAAGGCUUUGGCUAUCAUCACAAGAGUGAGGGACAAAUUAACUGGUCGAGAUUUUUCCCACGAGGAGACACUUAGCGUACAGAGACAAGUGGACCUUCUCAUACAGCAAGCUACGAACAAUGAAAAUCUUUGUCAAUGUUAUAUAGGAUGGUGUCCAUUUUGGUGAGAAAAUGGAAAUUACACAGAAGAGGAGGAACAUAAAAUCAGUCAUUGAUCUUUUCGGUGCAGUAGAUUUAACGUGCAUAGAUGCCUUGCAGCCUUCGCAUUUUUACCAACGAUCAAACAAUAAGUUAAGAUGUAUAUAUUGACGCGUCCUUUGUAUAUAAUUCGCAUAGUAGCUAGUUGGCGAGAAGCCUAGUAAACGAUGUACAUUAGUACGAUGAAGAAUAUAGUUUAUCUAGGUAAACAAAUACCUUAA